AUUUUUAGUAUCAUCGUCCCUCUGCUCCUCUGCGGGCACAGCUCUGCAGGGCCUGCUGUUUUCCCCACCCAGACAGGAACUUGCUGGGCCAUGGGUGACCCUCAUUUCCGCACGUUUGAUGGCUAUUUCUACAACUUCAUGGGAAACUGCACCUACAUCAUGAGCAAGAACUGUGAUAUAGACUAUCACCAUCCCCCCUUUGAGGUUGAUGUCACAAACAAGGUCUUGCCUAAUUCUCGGCUCACUGCAGUCAGUGAGGUCACCAUCAACAUCUACGGCUUCAAAAUCCAAAUGGUUCGGUCACAACUUGGCAGAAUAACAGUCAAUGGUCAGGUGUGGGUUCUGCCAGUCUCAUUCACCAACACCCUGGGAACAAUCAAGAUGGCGCAGAGUGGUCUUUCAGUGGUGCUGUGGGUGGACUUUGGGAUGACCGUGCAGUACGACUGGGAAGAGUAUGUGGCAGUGACCAUGCCCAGUGGCUUCAUGGGAAAAGUCUGUGGUCUGUGUGGCAAUUUCAACGGAAACAAGGAAGACGACCUCGCCUUGUCCAAUGGCACUCUGACUAAAAGUGUCACUGAAUUGGGUCGGAGCUGGAUGGUUCCAAGCGUAGAGGGUGAAGACUACUGCCAGGACGAGUGCACAGGCGAAUGCACAGAGUGCAGCUUUGGCAAGCGUAUGGCAGCCGAUAUGUUCUGUGGUGUGAUGACACCCAUUCUGGACUUCCAGUUCAGGGACUGCCAUGCCCUCAUCGACCCCAGUAUCUUUUUUGACAUGUGCAAGUUUGACCACUGCAGGGGCGGCGGACUGAAGGACUACCUGUGCAGGAUACUGCAGGUGUAUACUGAUGCCUGCCAGAGAGCUGGGAUCAAAGUCCAUAACUGGAGACACCUGGCACGAUGUGCUGAUCCUAACUGUCCAGCGAACAGCCAUUUUGAACAGUGUGGAGAUGCAUGCCAACCCACGUGUCUUGGCAACACAACAUGUGACAUCCCUUGUGUUCAGACUUGUAUCUGUGAUGAGGGCUACAUACGCAGUGGCAACAAAUGUAUCAGCAAAACUAAGCUCUGCUUAGACAACAAAUUAGUUGAAUAA